UUUUCGGUGCAGAAAGUGUAAAAAUUUAACAGUACGCCGGAAAAUUAACUUUUCUUGACUGUUUGCUGAUAUUUUGCGAUUUUAACGGUAUUUAUCGGUAGAACAGUUUUUCCAGUACACGUAGCUGAUAAAUUUCAAGCUACAGACGGUGUUUGGAACGAUUUAAACUAAGUUUAAAUUUUAUCGAUACCGGAGUGAUAUCGAAAUCCAAAAUGGCUGAUACCGAUGCGAACGGAUACAAUGAUGAGGCCAGCGAUUUCAAGCGGAACAACAACAAAUCCAACCAGGAGCACGAAGAGGAUGACCAGGAAACGCAACAACAAUCGCAGAAGGCCCAGGAAUACAUCAAGGGGAUGAUGGCCGAGCGGAUGGAAAUGGAAAGGAAGUAUCCGAUUGCGGACCGGUUGCUGGAAGUUGAAAUCGAAAGCGUGCAAAAGUCUGGCAAGCCGCCGGCACGCCGGUACAUCGAUAUCUACCGGGAGAAACACAUCAAAGUGACGGUCAAGGUUCUGGUUCCGGUGAAGGAACAUCCACGAUUCAAUUUCGUCGGAAAAUUGCUCGGUCCCAAGGGAAACACCCUGAAGCGGCUACAGGAAGAUACCAUGUGCCGGAUGGCCAUCCUCGGGCGUGGUUCCAUGAAAGACCGCAAACGAGAGGAAGAACUCCGCAACGGAAUGGACACCAAAUAUGCUCACUUGUGUGACGAUCUGCAUGUCGAUGUGAGCGCCAAUGGUCCUCCGGCUGAGGUUCACGCCCGCAUUGCCUAUGCGCUGGCCGAGCUGCGUAAAUAUCUGAUUCCGGAUAGUAACGAUUUCAUUCGACAAGAGCAGCUGCGGGAGAUGAUGGAAGAUAUGGACUCGGAUAUUCACAUCAAGAAACCGCCCUUCAAGAAGCAGGUUCCGAUGGUAGAAACGAUGCCGGUCGCUGCGGCACCACCUCCGCCUACGAUGGCUCCGGUUCGGGCCGUGCCACCCCAGAAGAAGGUGCUGUCCAUUCUGGACAAAGCUCGAGCUGCGAUGGAGGAAACCUACGGAGCGAGACCCGUGGCUCGCUAUGAAGAGCCAACCUAUGAACACGCCUACGAACCGCCCGGCUAUUCGUAUCAUCAAUCGCCUCACGCGCCUCCUCCACCAAGACCAAAAUACGCCCCGGCCCCGGAAGCAGCAGAGUACGAGCCCGAAUAUCGACAAGAGUAUUAUCAUCGCCCGGAACCGGCAAGACCCUACCCAGGCCAUCCAAAGCCAGCUCCGGUUGUUGCCACCAGACCCUGGAAGCCGCUCUACGCCGGACCACCACGCGCCCAACCGGAGGAGAUUCCCGGCAAGCGGGAAAUGAUGCCCCGCUAUCGCCAUGCGCCGUAUACUCGUCCGACCAAAUGAAGAGCUGUUCUAGAUCUCUAAGUUAACUCCUUUUUUUUUAUAAAGAUAAAACACUCAACCGAACAUGGUACGGAACAACCGUACAAGUUCUCCAUGGUUGAGAAGUAUUUUAAGACAUUGGUUUCAGGAACCAAACUUUACACGAGGUGUCGUAUAAUCUCUUUAGGAUUUUUUCUUAAUAUUUAAAAACAAAACAUUUACAUUCAUCAAACUCAACGAGGCAACAGCGGUCGAGCAACGCGAGAGUACCCAACGAAGGAAAAGGGUUUCAACGCUGAAAAGAAUCAACGGAAGGAGAACCGCAACAUCAACAACAAGAACAACAACACUGUCGACGAACGAGAAGAAGAGAUAAAUCAUAACUAAACAAGCAAAACAAUUAACAUCAAAAAUCUGUUGCAGACACAAAUGAGAAAAAAUUCAAAGUCAAAUAAUAA